GUUUAUAUUUCCGGGUCAAGCUCGCGACCGCGUAUCCGCGCGCCGCCGCCUCUCGCGUUCCUUUCUAUCCGCGUGCCCGUAGCUUUACCUGUGUCCACGCUGAGGGUUUCCAACUGGGUAGAGAAAUGCCAGCAAAGAUCAUCUCAGAAAUCGAGGAAUUCACCAUGGAUCAAGAUAUGGACACUGUCGCGGAGGCUAAAACCUUAAAGAUAAAGAAUAAGUCCAAGGAGGGCAAAAGGAUGAAGAAGCAACAGCAGCAGGACUUGGAGGAGCAGCAGGAUCCAGACUGUGAACCUCCUGCACCAAAAAAGAAAAAGAAAAAAGAAAAACUGGCAGCGGACCAAGUCAAUGGCCACAUAGAUGAAGCCACAGAUGUAAACAGCAACAGCAAUGGUGUAGAAUCACCAAAGAAAACUAAAAGGAAAAAAGAAAAACUGGCAGCAGACCAAGUCAAUGGCCAUAUAGAUGAAGCCACAGACGUAAACAGCAAUGGUGUAGAAUCACCAAAGAAAACUAAAAAGAAACAAGCAAUAGAGAAAAACAAGAAGAUAAAAAUGGAAAGUCCUGUGGCAACAACCAAUGGUCAUUCUGCCCCAAACACACCAGUUCAGACUCCAUCCCAGUCCAGUGAUGACUCAGCCAGUGACGGUGAAAGAGAAAAUGAACUGACACCAGAGCAGAGAGAAGGAGCGUUCUCCAAUUUCAGAAUCUCCCAAAUCACUAUUGAUAAACUGAAAGCUCGAGGAGUUUCCUACUUGUUUGACAUUCAGGUAAAAUCUUUUAAUCCUGUUUACGAUGGGGAGGAUGUCAUCGCCCAAGCCCGCACAGGAACAGGAAAGACCUUCUCCUUCGCUAUUCCCUUGGUGGAGAAGCUCCAGAAGGAAGCAGAGCAGAAGAUCAGAGGCCGUCCUCCUAAGGUGUUGGUGUUGACUCCUACCAGAGAGUUGGCCAUCCAGGUCGCGAAGGAUUUCAAAGAUGUUUCAAAAAGACUAGUGAUCUCGUGUUUCUAUGGAGGAAGCUCAUACAACCCACAAAUCGAUGCCACACGUACUGGAAUUGAUAUUCUGGUUGGAACCCCUGGUCGGAUUAAAGAUCACCUUCAGAACCAUAAGCUCAACCUUUCUCAACUUAAACAUGUCGUUCUGGAUGAAGUGGACCAAAUGUUGGACAUGGGGUUUGCAGAACAGGUCGAGGAGAUUUUGGGUUGCUCGUAUAAGAAAGAUAGUGCCUCUAACCCACAGACACUUCUGUUUUCGGCCACCUGCCCCUCCUGGGUCUAUGACGUGGCCAAGAAAUACAUGCGACCCAGCUGCAAGCACAUUGACCUGAUUGGCAAGAAAACACAAAAAGCUGCAACAACAGUUGAACAUCUGGCCAUAGCGUGUCACUGGUCCCAGCGUGCUGCAGUGAUAGGAGACGUGAUCCAGGUGUACAGCGGCAGCCACGGAAGAACCAUCGUCUUCUGUGAGACAAAAAAAGAGGCCAAUGAACUGUCCCUGAAUGCGUCCAUUAAACAGAGUGCCCAGUCCCUCCAUGGUGAUAUUCCACAGAAACAGAGAGAGACGACACUCAAAGGCUUCAGGAAUGGUGUCUUUGAGGUCCUGGUGGCUACAAACGUUGCAGCUCGUGGGUUAGACAUCCCCGAAGUCGACCUGGUGGUCCAGUGUUCUCCCCCCAAGGAUGUGGAGUCGUACAUCCAUCGCUCAGGACGAACGGGCCGAGCGGGCAGGACCGGAGUCUGCAUCUGUUUCUACCAGAGGAAAGAAGAAGAUCAGCUGCGCUACGUAGAGAACAAAGCAGGCAUCACAUUCAGAAGAGUUGGUGUUCCAACUGCCAACGACAUCAUCAAGUCCUCCAGUAAAGAUGCUGUCAGGUUUCUGGACUCUGUUCCAGUUACAGCCAUCAAUUAUUUCAGAGAGUCAGCCGAAAGGCUGAUUGGGGAGCGUGGAGCAGUCGAUGCACUUGCUGCUGCUCUGGCUCAUAUUUCUGGAGCCACGAGUCUGGAACAGAGAUCACUGCUCAACUCUGAUGUCGGUUUCACCACUAUGCAGCUGGUGUGCUCUCAGGAGAUGCAUAAUAUCGGUUAUGCCUGGAGAACCAUGAAAGAACAGCUAGGAGAAGAGAUUGAAAACCACAUUCACAGAAUGACCUUCCUCAAAGACAGAACUGGGGUUUGUUUUGAUGUCCCAGUCGAUAAAGUCAAGGAGAUACAGGAGACAUGGAGCGACGGCCGCCGCUGGCAGCUGACUGUGGCCACCGAGCUCCCAGAGCUGCUGGAAAGGCAGACCAGUAACCGUGGCGACAGGGGCUUUGGCGGCGGUAACCGCAGUGACAGAGGAGGUUUCAGAGGAGGUUUCAGAGGUGGAAGGGACAGGAAUUUUGGGGGAAGCAGUGGCCGUGGCAACAGAUUCCGGAGUGGUGGAGGCGGAUAUGGCAACAACAGAGGAGGAGGAGGAGGACACAAGCGUUCCUUUAGCCAAGCUUUUGAUUACUGAAGUGUCAAACCUGUGGACUAAACUGUCACUUUGUUUUUAUUGGCUGUCAUUCAGGGCACUGAUUUCAGGUCAGAUUAAACAACAUAUUAUCUGAAUAAAGUCAUCAACUUCCA